AAUUAAUCAUGUAUUCAACUUCAAGCACAGUCCGCCGCCGUCCGGUGUCUUUCACCGAAAGAGAAGAAUCUCCCAAUUCCAAUCUCCCCAUAAAACAGAUCCCCGGCAACUAUGGCCUUCCCUUUAUCGGUCCAAUAAAGGACCGACUUGACUACUUCUACAACCAAGGCCGAGAUGAAUUCUUCAAGACCCGCAUUCAGAAAUACGGAUCAACCGUCUUCCGAGCUAACAUGCCUCCCGGUCCAUUCAUGGCUUCCAACCCCAACGUCGUUGUACUUGUCGACGCCGUAAGCUUCCCUGUUCUCUUUGGCGUUUCCAAGGUGGAGAAGAGGGACCUCCUCACCGGCACUUACAUGCCCUCCACCGCCCUCACCGGCGGUUACCGCGUCUGCGCUUAUCUAGACCCAUCGGAGCCCAACCACACAAAGCUCAAGCGCCUUAUCUUCUUAUUGCUUUCGUCUCGUCACAGUAAAUAUAUACCAGAAUUCCACAAAAGUUUCUCCGUCCUAUUCGACAAUCUCGAAACUGAGAUUAAAAACAAAGGAGAAGCCAACUUCAAUAACCUCAACGAUAAGACUUCUUUCGAUUACCUUUUGAAGGCCUAUUUUGACAAGGACCCGGCUGAAACCAAGAUCGAGUCGAAGGGUUCGAAUUAUGUUACUAAGUGGCUGUUUUUCCAACUUUGUCCCCUGAUAACCCUCGGCUUGCCUAAACUUGUUAGCUUCGUGGAAGAUAUUCUUCUACACACUUUUCCUCUCCCACCAUUUCUCGUCAAGUCCGACUACAUGAAGCUCUAUGAUGUCUUCUACACCUCUGCCGCUGCACUUUUAGAUGAAGCAGAGAAAAUGGGGCUUAACAGAAAGGAAGCUUGCCACAACCUGCUCUUCGUUACGUGCUUCAAUGCCUACGGKGGGAUGAAAAUUCUUUUCCCUGCCUUAAUGAAGUGGGUUGGCUUAGCUGGAGAAGAGCUUCACAAACAGCUAGCCGACGAGAUCAGAGCAGCGGUUAAAGCGGAGGGAGUGAAGAAAGGCGAGAUGAUAUUUGGGUUUCAGCCGUUCGCCACCAAAGAUCCGAAGAUAUUCGACAAAGCAGAGGAGUACAUUGCAUGCAGGUUCGUUGGAGAGGGAGAGAAGCUGUUGAAGUAUGUGUUCUGGUCUAACGGACGGGAGACGGAGAAUCCGACGGAGGGGAAUAAACAGUGCCCCGGAAAGGAUUUUGUGGUGUUGGUAGCGAGGCUUCUGCUGGUUGAAUUGUUUCUGCGUUAUGAUAGUUUUACAGUUGAGGCAAGUACCAUCUUGUUUGGGCCUUCCGUGACGGUGAAGUCAUUAACCUCGGUCGGGAGUCCCUCACAAUAAGGUUCGAUAAAUUCGUUGGUUGUUACCCCGUUGGACGGUAGUUUGUACUACUGGCAAUGGCGACCUCAACUGCCCACGAAAACUCUAUCAACACGUACUCACGAAACACUACAUCCGUGCUAUGUUUUAAAAACCGACAGUAGGUAGAACCGUUUUUGCCUCCGGGUCGCGGGUAAUCGAUUCGACCGGCCGGGUCAAAUGGUUCAG